GUGGGGUUGCUUGGACGCAACCUCCAUAGCAACAUAAUCGCCAUCAGAUUUUACGUUCAUAUGUUUAUUUUCUUUCAGAACAGAAAAUGAGGCCGGGAAUAAGAGCAUUUCUUUGAAAUUAAAAUGCCUAUAACUGAAGCUGUCACGCCUAAACCAACAGAGUCAACGAGGAAAUCCGUCGAGAGAGCCAAGCCGGCAAAGACAAGAGCGGCCAACAGUGCCGAAAGUGAACUUAAAGUGCCCGCUGUGCGUAAAAGCCGCGCGUCAAGCUGUCCGAGGGGCAGGCGUGAGAGGACCACCGCCACCACUGGGUUGCAGGGAUCAGCCUCCAAAACGAGCUGCGAGAGGAGAACCCGCUCCAUAUGCACCGCCCCAAAACCUGCCAUGAACUGGCCCCAAACCACUAGCUCCUUAAAUCAUGCCGCUGUUCAACCAAAAUGCCGAGAGAUGACCACCUGUCAGAGGGACCAGAGGAGCGUCAGUGCUAAGGGAAAGUAUGCAAGUCAGAGUCACAAAGCUUUCACCGUCAUUCCACCAAAUCCCAAGAAAAGAAGAGAGAUCCAGAGACGUGGCUGUUUGAGUCUGGAGGAAGUACGCCUGAAGCAGCAGGAGGAAAUGAUGCAAGCCAAAAGGAAACAAAAAUAAAGAAGCUGGUAAUGGAGGAAACGCCUGUCCUGACGAGCUGAGUGUCUCCUCACAUCUCCUUACUACAGCCACUGAAUGAAUAUUUACGUAUUCAAAGUACCGAUUUUAAUGAAACAUGUUCUGUGAAAUUUGUGAAUCAUUUAUACAUGACAACAUGAUUAUAUAUACUCUUGGUCACUGUAUAAUAGCACACAUCUCUAUACUACAUGUUUAAUGUGUUUUAUCCAUACAGUGGUGGAAAAAAAAGUUUUUGGACACCCUUAAUAUAUGUUUCAAAAAGUGUGGCUGCAUUAGACACAAAUAUAAAUGAUAUUAUUUUUGUUUACUGUUUACAAGAAAACGUUUUUGUCUACAUAGUUACAUCACAUGUAAACAUCAAAUUGUUUCAAAAUUAUAUGAGAUAGAUGCAGUUAUAUUCUUGCAGGAACUGGUGGGGUCUAGGGUGCUGUGCUUUCCAAGUCACCUCACUCAGGUUUGACGGGGUCCAGAUGAGUGAGAGUCCAGGAGGGUGUCCAAAUAGAGGAGCUAAGUCACCACUAGGGCACAUAGAGUAGUAGAGCCCUUAUUAGGCAGGACUCAUCAAUUCUUCUUGAUGUCACCCAGCCCUGAGUAUGAGUGAGACCAUUACACAAUAGAGCUUCAAUCCUGGUUGGCAUGUUCCUCACGAGCCUCACACUGUUGAGGAGUAAUCUUGUCCCAUUCUUCUUGUAUUGCUGCUUUUAAUUCUUCCAAAUUCUUUGGUUUAAAUGCUUUGAAACAGAUCUUUCGAUAAACCACCACAUAUUUUCAAUAGGGCUUAUGUCCGGAGAUUGAGCUGAUUAGUCUGAUACCUGGAUACUGUGCUCCCCCAGUCAAGUUCUACUAGCCCUGGAUCUGUGGCAAGGGGCAUUAUCUUGUUGAAACAUCCAGUUUUGACCUCAGCGUAACAGUGCAUGUACAGAAGCACAUGUGGGAGCAUGUGGGUUUGGAGAAUGGCACAAUGUCUGUCAGAGUUCAGUGUGCCAACACAGACAAUAAGAUGACGAACACCAGCAGCAGUCAUACAUCCCCAAACCACGAUACUGCCUCCACCAUUUUUGACAGUAGUUACUGUACAUGCUGGAGAUAAUUCUUCACCUGGCCUUCUGUGUACCCUAACAUUAGCAGGAGGAAGAUAAAGCUGGAAACUGGACUUAUCUAACACAGACUCUUCUUCCAAUUAUGGACUGUCCAGUCCUUGUGUGCUUGGGCCCAGUGACACCAGGCUAACCUCUGUCUCUCAUUGAUCAGGGGCUUCUUCACAGCCAGUAGAAUCUUAAGCCAUGACCUAAAAGAUGGCCACGCACAGUGUGGAUGGAACACUAGACAACAGUUAAGUUUGACCACUGCUGUUAGAGCUCCUGUGGUGUCAUUCAGAGGUUUUCCCUGCACAUGUGGAUCAGGAUGCGGUCAUUUCUUGCUGAAGAAACCCUUGGUUCUUGGUUUGUCUUCCAAGCUGUUAGUUCGCCUGUAUAUCUGCAGAGUGAAGCCAACUGAUGAAGGACUGCAUCUGGACUGCCUGGCAAUCUGGCGGCAACUGUACUCUUUCUGGUCGAGAAUCUGUAUCUUCAGGCAUGCUUCCUGCGUUCGAUUUCUGGUUUUAGCCAUUUUUGUCUCUGAAGAACUUUCAAAUAUACUGGCUUUAUGUAAACACGAAGCACAAAAAAAAAACAAAAAAACAAAAAACUGUCUUUUAUUAAAAAGCACAACCUUCAUUAGUGGAUCACUGGUACCAAAAUGACCCAGUACUCAAAAUAACUUGUGUAUUUUAUGGAACCAAUCAAUUUUAAGACUCCGCUGUAACUGUACUAACACAAAUUGCACUUGAAGACCUAAGAGUGAUUUUUAAUGCAAUAUUUCACAAAUACAUGAGGUGUCUGAAAACUUUUUUCCACUACUGUACAUUUGUGCUGUAUAGAAAAGACAUAUUUUACAAUACAUAUUUUCUUAUUAGUAGGAAUAGGGCUGGGUGGUAUGGCGACAAAAGAGUAUAUUACAGUAUUUUUCAAAAUUCACGGUAUAUCACCAUAUAUUUUUUUCCCCCAUGUAUAAUCACGUGUUCACAACAUUUUCUACUGAU